AAGACAUAGAUAGUGGGUGGAACACAAGAGAGGAGGCUUAAUGUUUUCUGAAGACAAAUGCUACCACAAUAAUAUGAUUGCUAGUCUGUGUCCAUCUUUGCUCGACAACCUCAGGUUCUUUAUCAGACAAGAAUCUCUGUGCUUGGAAUAUAGUUACUGCUAAACUCUCACUAUGCUCACAUCUGCUUCUAAAAACCUCUCUGCCUCUAUUACACUCCGUGUUUCCACAAAUCUCCAUUACAAAAGUCUUUCACUCAGCCAGCAUUCUAAAAAUUUCCUCUGUUUCCUCAUCAUGACUUCUAUCGCUAGCGAUAAACAAGUGAACUAUUAUCUUCUGUUCCACAAAACUAAACCCAGGCUUUAUCCUGAAUCCCCUCUCUCAUCAUUACCCGGUUCUCCAGAUUCUCUCUUGAUUCCCUCAUGAGUAUGGAUAUAUAUAUUUUUGGCAUUAAUAUAUAGUAGCCAAUAUUCAUGAGUUCAAACACUCUUUGCAAAAGCGAACUCUGCCAUAUCUCUUAUGGAAUUUACAGGCACCAAUAGAGUUCCCCAAACAGCAUCAUCUUGUUCAACUGGCAUUGAUUCCCCAUGGCUUCAUCCAGUCGAUCAGCUCUUCCAAGUAGAUAAACUACGCAAGAGUAGUGUUCAGGAACAGGCUCCACAGCUUAUACUCUCUCUCUCUCUUCAUCGCACCAAACAACUCUGAACCUUUAACAGUAGGCGUUUAAUGGCUUCACGUAGAUAAAACCAUCACAAACAACAUCAUCCCAGGGGGGUCUUACGCCGCUUUUUAUCAUAUCACUGUGUACCCAAAAUCAGAUAGAGAUAUCAAAGCGUACGUGAUUGAGGGUUUUUGUCGAACACCUUGCGUGCAUUGCAUACUCUGAGAAACCACAUUUAUAGCAGCAGAUUGAGAUCGUAGAAGUCAGAACAAAGAGCUCAGCCUCGCAAUUUCCUCUGAUGAGAAGCCACCGACGGUGAUGACUUCUAUUACCUUAUAUGGGCCUGGCUGGGCCCAAAUUACGCAAAACUGAGGGAAUAGACUUAUACGUACAACCAAACAGGUUCUAAUAAUAUGAGCUCUUCUUCUCCUCCGUCUGCUGCAAAUCGUUGCCGCCGCCGCUAUUUCCUCACCGGAGCAACUUCCGAUCAACGGAUCGGGGUGAAUUAAAGCUCAGUUUAUGGUAAAUACUUAGAGCUGAUGAGAACCAGUAUCAUGUCGCAAAUGCAGCGAAGCUUCUCAAUCGAAUUGCCUAAACUGGUUCCUCUGCAACUUCCAUCUCGGAUGGAGACUCAUCUAUGGUAUGUUGUGCCAGAUGAAGUGAAGAGUACAUCUCUUCUUAAACACUACUCUCAACUUCUGUCACCACCUGAGAAUGAUAAAGUUCUUCAGAUGCGAGGCGAUAAGCUUCAGAAGAAUGCUUUGCUUGCCCGCACUUUGGUUCGGACCACCAUUGCAAGAUAUCAAACAAACAAUGGGGUCGAUCCUCAGACCUUGAUGUUCAAAAAGAAUAUGUAUGGGAAGCCUGAGGUAGAUCGGCAGAAUUAUAAGAACUGUAGUGACCCGCCAUUGCAUUUCAAUAUCUCCCACACAGAUUCAUUAGUUGCCUGUGGGGUGACUGUCCAUGUUCCUGUUGGUAUCGACCUUGAAGACAAGGAUAGAAAGAUAAAACAUGAUGUCUUGACAUUAGCAGAGAGAUUUUACUCUACUGAUGAAGUAACGUUUUUGUCAACUAUCCCAGACCCGGAAGUUCAGCGAAAGGAAUUUAUUAAGUUAUGGACUCUUAAGGAAGCAUAUGUGAAAGCAUUAGGAAAAGGCUUUUCUGCUGCACCUUUUAAUACCUUCACAAUCCAGUCUAAGGGUGGGACAAAUGGAGGCUACAAUCUUUGCGAGGAGGAGACGAAGAAAUGCAAUAGAGAUUGGAAGUUUGGCCUAUUGGAGUUGGCUGAUUCUCAUUAUGCUGCAAUCUGUAUUGAAGAUGAUCAAGCUAGUGAAGGAGAUCCUAUGAGGGUAAUUGUUCGGAAAACCAUCCCGUUUGUAGAAGAUGAACUUAUUUCUGAAAGCAAAUUUCUUUAGACUUGGAGUAGUGGAGAUGGAGCGAAAGAAGAUGUGUACCAGUAUGGAGUGAUACUACUUCAGACCAUCACAGGCAAGUAGUGACUGCAGGCUCUUCAUAGAUGAAGUUUAAAGCUUCAGGUCUGUUCUGUUUCAGUCAGAACCUUACAAAUUUGAAACCUUGAUGCUAUUUACUGGAGCUGGAGAAGGGUUUAAGAGAUGAACCACAGUAUUGAGUAGCGUAGCAGCUCCAUCUGUGAAAGAAUCAUAUUCAUAUGCUUAGUUGUUGUCUCGUUGAGGACAACAGCGGAAUUUGCUAUCAACUGUCUUGGAAUCUGCUGUAUACAAUUCAAGUGUAGCAAGGACGGAGACAAGCAGUGGGAAUCAUGAAAUCGUCCAUGAAUACAAUAUAUGAAUAAAAUGUUCAUAAUGAGACAUAAAGUGUAGAAACACUGACAAGUGUAUGCCAUAUCUUCUAUUAGCUAAA